AUGUUUAACGGUUCAAUUCAUGAAAAUGCCCAAGACUCGAUAAACAUACUUUGGGAAUUAUCUCCUAUUUUGGAUUCUACGGAAAGUUUGGUGUUUCAAAGUGUAGAUGAGGCUAUCAUGGCUAGCACCGUCAUAACCCUUCAAAAUCCGAAAUACAUGCAACCUCCAAAAUUUCAGUCUUUAAUAUUAGGUGAUAUUGUUUGUUUACUUAAAUCUAUAGACACAAUACUUACUGCAUUCUCAGAUCUCUAUCGGCUCUUUCAGUCGCAGCAAGCUAUUUCACAAACAUCCAUGGCUACAGCUUCAACAUAUUUAAACUCAUUGCCCCAACAAGGCGCAGCUGUCUUAGAAAUUUUGAGACAUGAAGUUGAAGCUGAACGAGAAAGAUGUAUUAGAGAAGGACAGGAAUAUAAGAGGGAUAAAGAAAAAAUAGAAGAGGUAUUUGGGAAUAAACAACAUAGUAAUGGUGAAAAUGAAAUUAAAAGUAAUGACGGAAAAGAUAGACUCAUUACUGAGAUUUGA